AUUCCAAUUCCAAUUUAUCAUCAUGGCUCCGAACAGAGAGAAUCUCAUUGGUUCAGGGAGCAAAAACGUCAACAAACCUCCUCCUAGCCCGAUUUCCAUGAAAAAUCUACAACGAACAAUAUCGGAUAUAUCUUUUGAACUAAGCAAAGUUGAAGUUGAUGAUCAUCAGACGACUAGUGCUCUUCCGCCGAUAUCUGAAGUCGAGGAUGUUAAGUGCGAGUGCUGCGGGAUGUCGGAGGAGUGCACGCCUGAGUACAUAAGUGGGGUGAGGAACAAGUUCAUAGGGAAGUUCGUUUGCGGGCUGUGCGCAGAGGCGGUCAACGAGGAGACGGUGAAGAACGGAGGGAAACGAGAGGAAGCGUUGAACGCGCACGUGAGUGCUUGCAUUAGGUUUAACAGGUUUGGACGCACGCAUCCAGUGUUGUACCAGGCGGAGGCGAUGAGGGAGAUCUUGAAGAAGAGUUCCAGGGUUAGGCGUAAGUCUAUUAGCCCGAGGGAUAAGCGUGUUGAGCCUAAGAAAGGUGGGAUUGCGAGGAGUUCCAGCUGUAUUCCUGCCAUUACGAAGGAGAUUAAUGACCAGACGUUGGUUAAUUAGUUGAUGUUAUUCUGAAUCUCAUGCCCUAAAAUGCUAUAGAAAGGUCUAGUUUCCUGGUAAUAUUAGUUUAUUUCUAUGAGUUGAUGCUGUGUAAGAGCUGUUUACAUCUUUAAAUAUGUAAUUAUAUUAUAGAGAUGAAGGUGUAUUCUCUAGUAAUUAAGUGUUUUAAUAGAUUUCUUAUUUAUAC